GUUCAAGCGUGGCGUCCUGUUGCGUGAUCUAGUGCAGCUAACCUCAGGAAACUCUCCGUCUCCAUUCACUGACCAUCAGCUCUGAGCGCAACAGUCCGCUGCGGUGUGUUUGAAGAUCACCGUGGAGGGAAAACUCACUGGCAGGAAUAAAACUUCUUUUAUGUUAUUUGCCUCAUCGGAGUGACCACAAAUGAUGAAUUUUGUUCUCUUAUGUCUUCUUUGUGGAUUGUAUGGCGUUUUUGGCAAAGAUAAAGAUCAAAAGGGGAAGUUCAGCAUCCCUGUCCUGGAUGUAAGAAGUCGACAGCUGGUUCUAGAAGCCAAUCAGACACUGCUGCUCAACUGCAGGGGGCACAUGGAGCUGUCAUGGGCGUUCCCAGCCGGCUUGGACAGAGAUCUGGUGGAAGUGUAUGAGUCACGUUGUGGAAGAAAGAGCCGGCAAUACUGCAGCCGCUUGCAAGUCAUCCACAGCCAGGCCCAGCACACUGGACUGUUCCGCUGCCGAUACCGGCACAGUACCCAAAACCAGACAUCCACAUAUGUGUUUGUCACAGACAGCCAGCAGCCAUUUGUGGAACAAACGGGUAUGAGCCCAGGUGUGCUGUACAUGAAGCUGAAUGAGCCACUGGUCAUCCCCUGCCGGGUCACCAAUCCCAACAUCACCACCACACUGGUCAAGUUUCCCAAUCUAAGCCUGACACCAGACCAGAGGAAUAUUAUUUGGAACAGUAAGCAAGGAUUCACUAUCCGAACCACCACCUUCUUUAAUAUUGGCCUUUUCCACUGCCAGACUGUCAUCCAAGGGGUCAAAUAUGGUUCACGUGAAUACUUUGUGCACAGACCAGUGAGUAACAUCACAGAGGUGUAUCUGAACAGCAGCGGAACUGUGCAAGCCCUGAAGGGGAAGAGACUGGUCCUGAACUGCACUGCAACUGCAGAGCUGAACACCAGAGUCGACAUCACCUGGGAGUAUCCUGGAAAGGGUAAUAACCGUAGCUCCACUUCAAAAAGGCUUCUGAGACACCCAAUGCACAUGCUGUUCUACAGCAUACUGGUCAUCCCAAAGCUCCAGCGUUCAGACAGAGGCCUCUACACAUGCCGUGUCACCAGCGGUGAACAAAGCAAACAGCAAAGAGUCACUGUCAUUAUCUAUGAUCGUCCAUUUAUCCGCCUGAAGCCCAGAAAUGGAUCUGUGAUGGUGGCGCAAACCGGACAGAAAUCUUACAGAAUUUCCCCCAAACUACGAGCGUUCCCUGCCCCAGAAGUUAUCUGGUUGAAGGAUGGCAUAGUGGCAGCAGAGCAGUGCUCCAGAUACCACAUGGAUGGGACUUCCCUGGUCAUUCGGGAUGUUGCAGAGGAGGAUGCGGGGAAGUACACUAUCCUUGUACAAAUUAAGGAACAUGGGCUCUACCAGAAUCUCACACUCACACUUGUGGUCAAUGUGAGUCCUCAGAUAGGAGAGAAAGCAGUGGCGUUGCAAGAUCCCGGCUCUGUACCACGGGGGAGCAGAAAAGUACUGCCUUGCACGUCGCAUGGAGUCCCUCCUCCACAUAUCCAGUGGCUCUGGCACCCCUGCCCCUCCAAAGGCCUGUGUGUGUGUCCAACGUCCUCCUUGCUGUGGAGUCCUGUGGCGAAGAGUCUCCCUGCUACAUCUAAAUACAACCACAUCCUGAGUGUCACUACUAGACAGGAAGUGCUUCAAGGGAAGAAGAAGGCAGUAGGGGUCCUGACUGUUGCAGAGGCCUUUGUGUCUGGGGUGUAUCGCUGCAUCGCUUCCAACUCUGCAGGCACAGACCAACUAGACUUCCCCUUCUACAUCACAGAUGUCCCAGAAGGCUUCAGUGUGAACCAACUGGACGAAGCCAGAGAAGGUGGAGACCUCCAUCUCACCUGCUCAGCCAAUAAGUACUUGUACACGGCACUGUCAUGGCAACAAGUAAAUGAUACAGGGGAAUCCCAUCACCAUGCCCUGAAUAUUCAUCAGCCAAUAUCAGGGGAGUUCUCCAACUCUCUGGUCCUGCUUCUAAGCAACCUAACGGCCAGAGACUCUGGCACCUAUAGAUGCUUCACACGCCACCUCAUCACCGGGCAGGAAACACACCUGGACACACAGGUGGUGGUCACAAUUCUGGAGCCUCCUGUGUUGCUUAGUAAUUUGACAGACUGCACUGUUAAUGUUAGUAGCUCUGUGACCCUGAGCUGUCCAUCUCAAGGCAUCCCACCCCCAAUCAUCACAUGGUACAAAGAUGAACAUGCACUGCUGCAGGGAUCAGGUAUCAUCAUAUCACCAGAAGAUGGGUCCCUCCAUAUUGACAGAAUCACAGUGGAGGACCAGGGUCUGUAUACGUGUCAGGCAACCAAUGAGAGGGGAUCUGCAGAAAGCUCAGCCUAUAUAUGGGUCAAUGGUGAGUCUGAAGCCUUGUUUCUGGAAAUUUCCACUCUCACUUGUACCUGUGUGGUGGCCACUCUCUUCUGGCUCUUGCUCACACUCUUCAUUUGGAAACUGAAACAGUCCAACAACUCUAACACCAAACCGGAGUAUUUGUCAAUCAUACUGGACACGGGAGAGGGGCCAGUCGAGGAGCAGUGUAAGAGACUGCAGUAUGACCCCAACCAAUGGGAGUUCCCUCGUGAGCACCUUAAAUUAGGAAAGCCUCUGGGCCGUGGAGCCUUUGGCAAAGUGAUGCAAGCAUCUGCUUUUGGUAUAGGUGGGGUCACCAGCUGCAGGACUGUGGCUGUGAAGAUGCUCAAAGAGGGAGCCACAGCCAGCGAACACAAAGCUCUGAUGACUGAACUGAAAAUCCUCAACCAUAUUGGAAACCAUCUAAAUGUGGUCAACCUACUGGGAGCCUGCACCAAACUAGGAGGACCACUGAUGAUUAUUGUUGAGUUUUGUUGCUUUGGAAACCUCUCAGCCUUCCUAAAAAGCAAGAGAAAUGCAUACAUGCAUGACAGGUAUCAGCUGGUCAGAGGAACAGUUGGAGGGUCAUGUCGUGUCAGCAGUGUUUCUGACAGUCCGAGUUGUGCCAAAACAGAGUUUGAGAGAAAUACAAAAGACGACGGCCUUGAUCCCAAAUCAGCCUCCAACUCCCCUCUUUUCCUGGAGGAUCUCAUAUCUUUCAGCUUUCAGGUGGCACGUGGAAUGGAGUUUCUGGCCUCUCGCAAGUGUAUUCACAGAGACCUGGCAGCGCGGAACAUUUUGUUGGCUGACAAUAAUGUGGUGAAGAUCUGUGACUUUGGCCUGGCCAGAGACAUCUACAAAGACCCUGACUACGUCCGCAAAGGAGAUGCUCGUCUCCCUCUCAAGUGGAUGUCCCCAGAGUCCAUCUUUGACAAGGUGUUUACCACUCAAAGUGACGUGUGGUCCUACGGCAUACUGCUGUGGGAGAUCUUCUCUUUGGGAGCUUCCCCAUACCCUGGCCUUCACAUAGACGAGGAGUUCUGCCACAGACUCAAAGGAGGAACCAGGAUGCGAGCACCUGAAUACAGCACACCAGAGAUUUACAGCACAAUGCUGGCAUGCUGGGAGGCCAUUCCCUCAGACCGACCCACCUUCACAAACUUGGUGGAGAUACUGGGAGACCUACUACAAGCGAGGGUGCAGCAGGAUGGGAAGGAUUAUAUUCCUCUGGGAUCUUCCAUGAAUGGAGAAAUCAGUCGCAGUGAGGCUUUCAAAGAAAACCCGCUUGCUGUCACAAACUUGAGCUACAUGAGGAAUAUGGCCACACUUCAGACUUUUGAGGAACUGCCCAGUGAGGAACAAGACAGUCCUGAAGAUGAGCAGAGCGACAGUGGAAUGGUGCUUCCAUCGGAGGAGCUGAAGCACAUGAAGAGGAUUAAUACCAAGAACAUGAAACUCAGCAGGUUCUUUACCUUUGCAAAGUGUCAAGACAACCAGGUGCCUUUCCUGUGCAGUGACAACACAGAUCUCCAUGACGACAAGCCAUCGAUCCUGCCAUAUGACGGGGAGUCUGACAGGGGAGGCUCCCCUCCUCCAGAUUACAACUCUGCAUUUCUCUACCCCUCCCUUUAGCUUCUGUUUUUGUUGUAUUCAUUUAACAGCUUCAUAUAGGGUUGAUGUAUUUUAUUCAAACGCUCAGAACAUAAUCUGCCUUUACACUUUGCUGUUUGCAUCUUCUACCUCAUAUUAACUGCAGGUUUUUGCCUAAUGUCCCCUUACCUCACAGAAGUCUUAACCUUCCAGUUUUUUCUGUCUUUUUUUUU